AUGAAUAUAUAUGAAAUGGAUUUAAAUUCAGAAGAAAAUAAGAAAAAGCUUAAUGCAGCUUUCUAAUAGAUGAAAACUAAAAUUUAAGUAGAGGAAAGAAAGGCUUCAGAAGAAGAAUAGAAGAGAAUAGAAUUUGAAGAGAAAUGUCAUUCAUUAAAUAACUAAAAAACAUUACUUGAUCAAAAAUUAGCUAAAACUGAAUUAGCUUUUAAAAGGAAAUGUGAAGAAUUAGUUGAAAAAGAAGAAAAAUACAAUGAAUUACAGAGAAAGUUAGAUUUUUUUAAUGUAAAUCUAUAGUAAAAACACUUUAGAUGAAUGAACCAAAAAAAGGAUUUUUUAAUUUUGGAAGUGAUGAAAAUAAAUUGUUUAGAAAAAAACUAUUUGAUUUUUAGCAAGAAAUAGAAAUAAAGACAAAUGAAUUAUAAAGACUUCAUGAACUAUUAUUUGAUACAAAAAAGAGUCAUGAUGAAACAGAAAAGCAUUAUUAAGAAUAGAUUAGCAAUUUAGAAUGUAAAAUAUAAAUGUAGAUUGAGACAACUGAAAAAGAGAAGAAACUUAAAUAAGAAUUAGAAAAAUAAGUAUAAUAAUUAAAUUAAAGUAUAAUAAACAAAGAGUAAGAACUUAAAGUAUGUAAAUAAUAAUUAAAUGAAUAAGAUGAUGAGAUUAGAUAACUUAAAGAAUAAUUAUAAUAGUAAUAAUAACUUUAUAACGAAUUAUAAAUUACGUUAAUUCACAAAAAAGAAGAAUUAAAAAAGAAUUAUUAAGAAACAGAUUAAUUAAAAGUUACUUUAGCAUCUAUAAAAGAGAAUCUAUUCAACAUCAUCCCAUAAUUAGAGAAUGAAUCUUAAAAUUCUUAAAUAGUAUUAGGUCUCAAAUAAUUUGUUGAUAAGACUUUUGGAAUUGAUAAACAACGUGAUUAAAAAGGUAAUUACAAUAAAAUAAAUAUAGUUAAUUAAAUAAAAUAAGAACAAGAACUUUAGAAAGAAUUAUUAGUUUAAAAAGAUAGCUAUUAAGUAUUUUAGAAGGCAAAAGAUAGAAUUAUAAAAAUGGGGAAAAAUAUGGAGUAAUUAGAAAAGAAAAAUAAAAUGUUAUAAGAUCGAAUUUAUAUUCUAGAAAAUAAAAGAGUUCAAGGAAAAGGUUCAGAAUUUUUAAGUGAUAAAAUAAGUGUAAUGUGA